AUUAGCUUAAAAUUCAUAAGAUAGAAUUUGAAACCUUAUGAGUUAGGAGGAUACCCAUCUCUAUUGGAAAAUUGAUAUUUCACUUUUUGUCAAUCCUGUCAUUCAUUAAGUAGCGAGUUCUAGGUUCUUGGUGAUUGAAGGAUAUGCAUGUAAAUUAAAUUUUUGUAUUUGAAAAAACUGAGCUUUAAAAAUUUUGAUAUGGAUGCUGCAGAGCAGAAGAAACAGCUCGUUUUGAGCAUUAUAAAGUUCUUGCAAGAUGAGCUUGAUAAGAGCGACUUAACUGAAGAGAAAAAAGAAUCUGUGGAAGUAGCAAUUCAAUGUUUAGAAACUGCUUAUGAUACAAGUAGUAUGCAGGAAGAGAAUGUUAUUAAUUUACUUUCCCUCAUUCCUUCCACGUCUGCAAAGAAGGUAACCGAUCAACAAAAACUGGAAGCAGAAAGAUGCAAAAACGAAGGAAAUGCUGCGAUAAAAAAUGAUCAGUAUACGGAGGCGCUCUUUUUUUACACUAAGGCGAUUGAUCUUAAUCCAUACAAUGCGGUUUAUUACUGUAAUAGAGCUGCAGUUUAUAGUAAACUAGAUAAGCAUUUGGAAGCCCUUAAAGAUAGUAAAGAGGCAAUAAAAUUAGAUCCUACUUAUGGAAAGGCCUAUAGUCGUUUAGGAGUUGCUUAUUCUAAUCUCAAUAUGUUUGAGGAAGCUAGAACAGCUUAUAAGACUGCAUUGAAGCAUGACCCAAAUAAUUCUAUGUAUGAAAAUAAUUUGAAAUUAGCUGAAGAAAGGUUGGCACAGAGUCAGGGUGGUGGUGGUGGAGGAGGAGGUGGUGGUUUAAGUGGACCAGCAGGACCCUUAUCACCUGAUAUGGCACAAUUUUUCAAUAGUAAUCCAACAAUUGUUGGAAUGGCUAGGCAGUUGUUGAGUGAUCCUAGCUUUAGAAAUACGAUAUUUGAAUUCUUGAAUACCAAUGAAAUGGACAAUUAUAACAUGGACAUGUUAUUUCAAGCAGGGAGUGCAUUAGCAAGUAGAAUGAAUGAUGUGGAAGGUCUCAGAAGAUCAAUGAAUCCAGAUGCUCCACAAGAUAAUUCCAAUUCUUCGGGUGAACCUAAGAAGCCCGAAGAUCCACAACCUUAAAGGGUUUUAUGUUUCUAAUGUUUAUGGUGUUUUUUUUUUUCAGACUGUUGUGAGAGAUUAUUAAUCUACCAAUAGAUACUUUUGAAACCUUCUUAGAUUAAAUGUUAUCAAAUAUUA